AUGCGUACGAUGCAAACGCCCCGUCGGAAACAACGCUACACCGUUGGAUUCACAGGUAAUUGAAAAAAAUGCAAAAUUUUGAUCGAAUUUUUAGAUUCCAGAAAAAAAUUUUUAACUUUCCCAUGAUUUGCAUAUUGUUUUAGCAUCUAUUAGCCUCCAAUUCCAUCAUUAGAAUAAUAUUUUUCCCAAACCAGAGGCCAAGGGUCGAUUUUUACAACUGAUUAUUAACGGUUUCGUAGGGAAAAGAGGGUUCUGGGAGGUGUAAAUUGGACGAAAGAUUACAAUUUUCCAUUGUAAUCGUAAUUAGACAGUGGUUUUCUUGGUGUUUGUGGCUUUUCAAGGGCAUACGUAAGCAUUUUUCGGUAUAAUACGGGCCAAAAAUGGGCAACAUGAAGGGAUUUACGGGAAAAAUGGAGUGCACAGUGCAUAAAGUUGUGCUUUGUGUCUGCAAAGUGCAGAAAAUUGUGUUUUGUGUUUGCACUGUGCAAUUUCUUGAUUUUUGCACAGUGCAGAAAUUUGUGCUUUGUGUCUGCACAGUGCGAAAAUUUGUGUUUUGUGCCUGCACAGUGCACGUCAAACAGAGAUAAGCUAAAACAGUCCGGUGAAUGGAUCGGCAAUUUGCCAAAAAAAAAGACGCGAAAAAACGUUUUGUCGGGGAAGAAAUGGGGAAUUUUUGGGGCGAGAGAGUACGCUUUUGCGUGUCUUUUUUCUCUCUUUCUCUGGAAUUCAAGACGAAAUGUAAAAAACCGAUAGCGAAGAGUCUAUUCCGGUCACCGGACUCCUCAGUUUGACGUGCAGUGCAGAAUUUGUGGUUCGUGUUUGCACUGUGCAAUUUCUUGAGUUUUGCACCGUGCAAAAGGCAUUUUCGAGCUGCCGCUUGCACUCUGACAUCAUUGCACAGUGCAGAAAAUUGGUAUUUUGUCUUUGCACCGUGCAGAAAUUUGCGUUUUUUUUGUCACUACAAAAAAUUGUGCUUUGUGUCUGCACAGUGCAAUGAGAAUCCUCGGUUCCUCGUCCACUUGAUCAGACACCGGGUCUCCUAACACGCUGUCCUAGACAAGCUUCCUCAACACUCCAACAAUAUCCAACGACCUCUUUAUUGUCCCAAACAACACGAUAAACAAGCAGGCCGAUACUCAGAUCCCAAUAGUCCGCACGCGCUGACGGCCAACCGCUCGCUCAGGCUGCGACUUCCAAACUGUUCUUCUUUCCUUCCAAAUCCACGUCUCGGUUGAUUGCGGUGUCCUUUCGGGUUUCGUGGCGGGACGCAGCGACCGGUUGAAUGCUGUUGCGGCGGCUGUGGCCUCACUGUGCAGCCAAAUGAAAGAUCUUUACUGCACUGUGCGAAACUCGUAAAUAGGCGACAAAAAUGCACUGUGCGUAAAGCGAAAAUCUUGUAGAAAAUUUUCUUUCAAUUUCUCUUCGUAAAAGUUGCAAUGUGCGAACAACAAAAAUUUUUUGCACAGUGCAAUUUUAUAUCAAAAAAAAAUUAGGAUUGCACAGUGCAGUCAACAAAAAAUCCAAAAAUUCUGCACUGUGCAUACGAAAUCAUCAUAUUUGGGAAACGCACGGUGCAGCCAAAAAAAUUUUUUUUGCACAGUGCAAUUUUUUUAUCAAAAAAAUUAGGAUUGCACAGUGCAGUGAACAAAGAAAUAUAAAAAAUCUGCACUGUACACUUUAUGGCCAGCUUCGUUUUCGUCCCAAAUAACCUUCAUUUACGCCUCAAAAAAUUGUAAUUGCACUUUUAAAUGCUGUCUAAAAUAUAAAGCACUCAAGUAGUGUCAGAAUUGUAUCCUCUUCAGCUGAUGUGAGCCUGUCAAGUAUAUUUUUUCGUACAAUCUUUUACUUUAAUGUUCUAGAAUUUCUUUUAGGCACCUCUGACGUGCUAAAAAUUAUUAUACGAUACUCAAAACAGAGGGGUUUUCAAGUAGAGCGGUCAUAAAUUGCUGGGAGAUAAUCCAGAAGGUAUUGUUGUGAGUAAAAACAGUGUCUUGGGGGUUUUUAGAGCACUUGAAUUUUAGUCUUUUUGAAAACGAUGGGUAAAUGUAAACUCGGGGACGGAUUACGGUACAUUUGGCGUUAUUUUACUGCCAGUUUUGGACGUAUAAAAAUUUUAGGCACUCUUUUAGGCACUUCUGGGAAGUUACCGGACUCCAUUUUCGGACACACCGGGAAAGGCCGAAAAAACAACCGAAAAACGACCGAAAAAAUGAACUCCAAGAAUAAAUCCAAUAACUGUAGAUGACACUUACUAUGUAUAACAUAUUUGGUAUCAGACAAAAUGGGGUUGUCUGGGGAUUCAGGGAAAAAAAGAAUUUUAAGAUUUGGCCAAAAACGAAAGAAGUUAUAGCCAAUUCAACUCGGGCCACAAAGAUGUCCCACCCUGUAUUAGUUUACAGUUACGGACCUGAUCUAUUGGCAAAAAACGUACCAUUUUGGAUCCGGGAAGAAGUAUCAAAAAAUGUGGCAAAAUGCCUCCCUCUUCAACUAAAAAAAACUCCAUUUUGAAGGGCGCGCGCUCUUUCCUUCAAAAAAGACCGAGUGCGAUUUUGAAAUCGGAGUUUUUGUUCAUUUGGAGAGGGAGGUAUUUUGCUACAUUUUUUGAUACCUCCCGGAUGCAAAAUGGUACGUUUUUUGCCACUGGAUCAUGUCCGCAAGUGUAGAGGUAGUACUAGUCCGUCCGGAAAGUCGCUCGAAUGAUUUUUGACGUUUGCACUGUGCAGAAAAAGUCAGGGUGCGAGCGACAACCGAAAAAAGCCUAUUGCACGGUGCAAAAAGCCAGAAAUUGCACAGCGCAAAGUGAAUUUUUGUUUUCGCACUGUGCAUGUCGCCAAUUUCAUUGCAACGACUCUGGAAUAUCAGUCUGUCGGGAAAAUAAUGUGGAUUCGUCGCAGAAAAAUGUGUCGCCUCGUCACCAGCCGUCGCAAAACGAUGAGCGAUUCCUAGGAGCGACAAAUCCACAUUAUUUUCCCGACAGACCGAUAUCAGUUUGUUGGGAAAAUAAUGUGGAUUCGUCGCAGUAAAAUGUCUCGCCUUGCCGCAAAACACCUUCCGUGAGAAGGCGUCGAUCACAAACCACGAGAAACCCACAUUAUUUUCCCGACAGCCCGAUAUUCCUCUGGCUUGUGCAACAAGGCGUUGCCUACAACACUUUUCCCCACUUUACUACGCCAACAUUUCAGUCAUUAAAAACGAUAAAGUGACGAGAUGUUUUCCCCGGAAUUCAGCCAAUGUUUAACGGUCGUUGUAACAAUUUUACGCCGUUGUUUUUGAUUUUUUCUAAUUGGAUGAAAUGGGGUAAUUGAAGCUCCCGAAAGUGUUCAAGUUGCCCACGGACUCAUUUUUAAUGUGGUUCUUUGAUGAAGACACUACAAAAAUCCUUUUUUCCAGAGGGCAAUUAGUCCAUGUUUUGUUGGGAAAAUGGUGAAAAAAUGGAGUUUUUUGGAGGAAAUUUUAUGAGAAGUUCCAAAAAAUUUGCAUUUUGGGUCCCACCACGAAAAUUUUUUUACUUGGAAAAGCUUCAGUUUUAGUUUUAGAGACUUUAAAAAUGCUUCUACAGUUAAUUUCAACCGAGAAGGAUGCAAAAUUUGUUCAGAGUUUAAUUGAUUUGGGUCCCACCACGAAAAUAUUUUAACUUGGAAAAACUUCAGUUUUAAUUUCAAAGACUUUAACAAUGCUUCUUUAGCUAAUUUUAACCGAAGAAAAUGCAAAAUUUCUUCUGAAUUUACAAAAAAAUUGCAUUUUGGGUCCCGCCACGAAAAUAUUUUAACUUGUAAAAGCUUCAGUUUUAGUUUUAGAGACUUUAAAAAUGCUUCUACAGUUAAUUUCAACCGAGAAGGAUGCAAAAUUUGUUCAGAAAUUCCAAAAAAUCAUUUAUUUGGGUCCCACCACGAAAAUAUUUUAAUUUGGAAAAGCUUCAUUUUUUAUUGCAAAGACUUUACCAACGCUUCUACAGUUAAUUUCAACCGAGAAUGGUGCUAAAUUUAUAUUUUUUGAAGGGUUUUCGGAAGAUGACAUUGACGUUUUCCAGAAAAAAACUGAUGGUUUUGGCAGUUUUUGGAAACUUUUCUUCCGGUUUUCAAAGGAAAUAAGAUAAGUGGGCCUUAAAAAAUUAACGUGGGAGAAGUUCCGAACUCCAAAACGACCUUUUUUCAAAUAAAAAGUUUUCGUGGUGAGACCAAAAAUCGAUUUUUUUGAAUCGCAGUUCUCAAAAUAAAUUCGACAUGUCAUAUUCUUACUGUAAAAUUUUUUUUUUGCGUCUGAAAAGCCAUUCCUCGUCGUCUUUUCCGCAAUUGCAAAGAUAUUUUUGACAAUCUCUGGGCCGUUUCCGCGGCCAGAUUGACUCAUUCUUCUUCAAUUUCCCGGCCUUAUGACGCUGCUCUGGCAGGAAAUUCAUCGUAUUCUUGGCUCUUUCUUGAGAAAUCAUUGGGAAAUGGGAAUUUUACGCUGUAUAACGGGUCAAUGAUGAUGUUUCACUAUUCAAACCAAGAUAGGAUAAAAAAAUUUGCAAUUUUUUUUGGGACAACCGUAAAAUGAUAGAGUAAAAGGCGACUGUAAAAGCUGGUAUAUGGGAUUUAAAGGGCUAAAGAUUCAAUUUCAAGGCCGCAAGACGCUGUUUUGGCAGGAAAGACUGCGUAUUUUAGGCGUUUCUUGAGAAAUCGUAGAGAAAUAGAAGCUUCACUCCUUCACUUUUGUCAAAGAUAACUUUGGAGUAUUACAGUGACUUAAUCACUCGAAUUGCGGACUUACAGAUCUUGAAAAAACUUGUGACAAGCUUAAAUAAGAAUUUUCUGGUGCAUUUGCUAGGUUUAAGCUCGCGUUUUGCAGAAACAACGGAGAUUUUGAGGCCGAAAGUUGCUGAAAAUCAGGCAAAUAUUUUUUGCGAACUUCCAAGAAAUCUCAAUUCUUUUUGAAGAAAUUCGCAAAAAAUAACCAUUUCCAACAUCUUUUGACCUUAAAAUCACCGUUGUUUCUGCAAAACGCAAACUUAAAUCCUCCCAAAAGUCCUAGAAAAUCCUUAUUUAAAUUUUUCCCAAAUUUUUUAACGACCUAUAAGUCCGCAAUUCGAGUGAUUCAAGGCACAAUAACAGUCCAACAGUCAUGUUUGACCCGUUUCAAAGAGUGGAACUUCUAUUUCUCAACGAUUUCGCAACAAAAGGCCUAAAAUACGAGGACUUUUAUACCAAAGCAGCGUCGUGUGGUCUGGAAAUUGAUUUUUUAGCCCUUUAAAUUCCAUAUGCCAGCUUUUACAAUCGCCUUUUACCCUACUAUUUUACAGUUGCCCCAAAAAAUUGCAAAAUUUUUUGUCCUACAGUGAGGGACCUGAUCCAAUAGCAAAAAAUGUCUCCUUUUGCAUCUCGGAAGGGUCCAAAAUGACUCCAAACCCUUCCUUUCUCUAAGCCAAAAAACUCCGCUUUGAAAAGCGCGCCCUUUCCUUCAAGGCGGGCUCUUCAAAUCGGCGUUUUUUAGCUUAGAGAAGGGAAGGGUUUGGAGACAUUUUGGUCCCUUCCGGGAUGCAAAAUAAGUCGUUUUUUGCCAUUGGAUCCCGUCCCUCACUGUAUCUUAGUUUGAAUAGUGAAGAGUCAUCAUUAACCCGUUAUACAGCGUAAAAUUCCCAUUUCCCAAUGAUUUCUCAAGAAAGAACCAAGAAUACGAUGAAUUUCCUGCCAGAGCAGUGUCAUAAGGCCGGGAAAUUGAAGAAGAAUGAGUCAAUCUACCCUAUUAUUUUACGUUUGCCCCAAAAAAUUGCAAUUUUUUGUCCUAUCUUUCUCGAAUCAUGCUUUGAAUCAGCACUUUCCCAUCCUUCAACGUCUCCCUUUUCCCCCGAGGGCAUCCUCUCUUCAUUUUUCAUUCUAAAUAGGCUCCCGAAAUUUUUAAACUGCGAAAAGUUUAUUUUAAAAGCCUUUCGAAAACAUGUGCGAUUUCCCCAUGGUUUAAUCGGAGAAGAAACGUUAGGCCAUCGCCUUUAGUUUAAUGUAAUUAUGAUGACAAACACCUUUUUCUGGUUCUUUUUAGUUUUGGAAGCGAAAUCAUGAGUCCGAAAAAAAUGGUUUGAUAUAGACAAACCUUCGCUAUAUAGAGUUUGACCUAUAUAUUUUUCUGAACCUUACAUCCACAUCUACUAGUUACAUUAACCUUUGUAGGAUACCGAAUCUAUGUAGGGUAUUAUCGCAUCAUCUUUGUAACCCUCUUUUACGCAAAAAAGCUGAUUAUGAGCGGGAAAAUUUGUCAUUAUCUCACAUCAGAAAUAAGAUAAUAAUGCGUUUUUGGUAUCACUGGAUUCUUGGUUCCAUAGUGAACACUAUGGAACAAUAUAAUUUUGAUAAUUUUAUGAAGUUACCGGUAUUUUUCGAAAAUUCGAAAAAUAUCGGAAUUUUUGUCCAAAAAAGCGGGGAAAUCAUAAUUUUCACAACUUUUCUUGAGUCAACUUUGAUGGGCAGUACACUUAGAUAUCCUUAGAGUCGCUAUAAAACAUCUUUCCAACUGAAUCACCCAAAAAAAAUUAUAUAUUUCCCCCAUGAACAAUAUUUAGUCAUCCUCAAUGUUUUGAACUAAAAAUUCAUCUAUUGUUUCGAUUUCUGCUAUUAAAAUCAUAUAUUCCUAGAAAGCUGACAUCAUUUCCUAUCACUUUCUCGAAAAGAAAGUGUACAAAACGACGUAUUCUGAGAAUUCUUACAAUUUUUAUAUUAUUGACCAUCAAAUGGCGGGUGAUCAUUGUUAAACUAAAAAUUUUCAACACUGAUUGUUCCGCCUUUGUGUAAUAUAAAAGGGAGAGAUAAUUAGGGUAAGGUACAAGUUGCUGAGCAAUUUAGCAUCCCACUUUUACAUUUUGGGAGUUAGGGAAGUGCCAUCACAUCUGGCUAGUGUAAGGUCGAAAAAAGGGGAAAUUGAGUUGUUGUGAGCUAAAAUCUUGAUAUUUUCUAAAGCUACAAGAUACUUUAGACUAUUUAAAGUAGAUUAGAAAAGAUUAGAACUUUUCAGGGUUACUGUAAUUUUUGAACAUUGCAAAAAGUUCAAAACUGACCCCAAUAGGCCAAAAUUGAGAGAAACCCCUCUCAAAUAGAUAAAUACGAGAUGUCACAAGCUCUGAGAAUAUUAUGAGACAGUGUAAAUCCACCUACGCUUUAAAAUCUACCCAUACUCCCAUGAAUUUCCCCUAUUUUAGGCGUUUUCCGACAAGAAUGACCUCUCUCUACUCUUUUCUAGCCAAUUCGGCAAAGAAAACUCUUUUCGUUUGAUUGAUUUCAUCGAUAAUUUGCACGCCCAGGAUGUAAACUUUGUUUCUGAAGGCCAUUCGCCACCAAACAUCGUGAUUUAAGACCUAAUUAGUAAUCUAAUUCCUGAUUCAUGUGGAAUUGGAAAUAAAACGGCCAAAACUCGCGGAAAUUUGUAAUUUCCGACGUCCGCAGGCGCUUCCAUAAAUAUUAGAGGGCAUUAGUGAUAAAGCAGACGGAUUCUCACAGUGUUUUUAGUGAGAAAGUUUGGCGAAAAAGCUGUUUGAACAUUAAUGCCUAGUGUAAUAUAAAAACUUGCAGAUGCUCAGCGCAAUCAGUUCGUGACACGCAGCACGCGCAACAACACAUCCAACAACGACGCCAGCUGCCCGCUUAUCUCACCACAGUCCCCGCAGAGCGUUCCCAGGCCGUUCUGGGCCAAGUUGGCACAGGAAGCGCAAAGAAACGGCGGAGUCGCUCCAAACUGGAGUCCGCAACUCUUUCGGGUCGUCAAAUCUGCACACGAAGAAGGAAUGGUAAGUUUUUUGAUUUACUUUACUUGAAUUUAGAGACAAAUAAGGAAAUUUUGGGCGGAUCUUGCACUAGAAGUGGAUUGAUACCUAAAAUAAUAUUUUUUCGGAUAAAACUCAUGCGAAACCUUGAAAUUUUUCUUUGAAUCAGUUGGCAUAUUUAAUUUUGCUUCUUGUAAAACCGAAAUUAUCCAGAAAUUCGACUAUAUUCGCACUUGUAUUACCUUAGGGGUCAACUGAUAACUAAACAAUAUUUUCUGUGAGGCAAGCCUCCAAAUUGUAAAAAUUUUUGUUUAAUCAGCAAGGCCGAACCUUUUCCUUGUCAUACCAAGCUAAAUUUAUUUGAAUUUCGACGAUUUUUAGGUUUAUAUUGCACUAGACAUCAGUUGAACCAAAAAUAAUUUUUCUCUUGUGAAAACAAAUAUUGCCAUCGAAAGUUCUUUAUAGACGGCUAGUAGAUAGCAGUAUCUCAUUAUGAAUUAAGAAAUACAUAAGAAAAUCGAAAAUUUCAGCGUUUUACAUUAUAAUCCACCUAUUUGAUACCUAAAAUAAUGUUUUCUCUCGGAUAAAAACAUAUUUUCAAGCAGGAAACGGAUCGCAGACAUGUGUUCUACCUUUUAGAGCUAUAAUCUUUCAAAAUUUUCUUAAAAUUUCCGGACUUUUACCUGCUAUAUUACAGUAGACAAAAAAAUCUCCGACGAAAAUUAUUUGCGAGAAAUUCAAUCCGUUCCACGUUUAUUUACUCGUGCACGUAAUGCUCGAGCAAAUUAUUUGUGAUUUGUGACCUAUUGUAACCCAAUCCAUCAAAUUUUCAGGCCUCUGUAUCACCGGAAAAUGGCACGGAAAAUGGGCGAAAGCGCAGCAAAAUGGCGGCCAACCGACCGAUGGGCCGGUAUUUUUCGGACGAAAGACGACUGAUUGAUUAUGUUUUGGCCUACGAUCUGGAUAAUUCGGAUGAGGAGAGUGUCAGCGAGGAUCGGAUUGAGGUAAGAAGAUUAAAUUUUUUUUUGUUGGUGUUUUAGGUAAAAUGAGGUAAAAGAGCUGUGUUUUGGCAUUGCUGGUGGCUUAAAACAGAUGUUAGAGGAUGCAGAAAACUGCAAGAGACCGUGUCUAGAAUUUUUGGGCUUCAGCAUGGCCAAAAAUUGGAAAAUUCAAUUUUUUGAUUGUUGAUACCUAAAAUAAGGUAUUUAUGUCGGAACCUCACAAAUUCUUUGGUUUGAGAUAACCUUCCGUUAUCUACUGAUAAAGUGGUUUAUUAGCUUUGAGUUCAUACCAAAAUUGCGGUCAUACAGCCACGUUUCGUUCUGAAAUGGUCAAUUUUCCCAGCAAGGUCCAGUGUAACAUCGAAAUUUUAUUGAGAAAGGGGUUUUUGGCCCAAAAAAGGGUGAAAAUAGCGUCGUAGAGUAAACUUACUAUGCUACCUUUCAGUUUGAGCCGUUUUCCCUACCAUCUUCCACUCCUGCCACCCAAAAUCAUCAGACGAAAUUGGAGAAACGAAGGAUUUUCGAGCACAACCUGAAACUUCUGGGUCUAGAGCUCGAGUAUACUUUUGCCAAGCACUCGAGGAUUGGUUUUGUCUUGAUUCACGCGCCUUUCAAGGUCUUGAUGAAGCAGGCGGAGCUGCUGAAGUUGAAGAUGCCAGUAUACCAAAAUGAUGUGAAAAAGGUGGGUUGAGGUUAUUUUGGUAGUAUUGUUGAUGUUUCGAGAGAAUGCAGAGCGUGAUAGAGCAAAAGGGGACCGAGUUUUGGCUUUUUUUGUCGAAAUUUGGAAAAAAUUGGGGUCCCGCCACGAAAACUUGAGAUUGCGGAAAUUGACGGAAAUUUUGUAAAAUACGUGAAAUCUGGAGUCUGAGCGGAGAUAAAAUGCAAAUUUCAGCACGCCAAUCUCAUGGAUGGAGCGGUAAAUUCGCUGUUGAAGCGCUGCCGCUUCCUCGACUUUGAUGACAAGGUAAAAGAGCGAAUUGAAACCCGCGACUACUUCUGCCAACCCUUCAUCGAACAACAUCUCGAAUGCUUCGUCAAUCACGAAGAUCCUGAGACAUUUUUCUCGCGAGCCGAACGCUCCCGAAUGGUCUACGACCUGCUGAUUCGCACGCGAUACGACCUGAAAGAAGCCGGCGAUAAAUACCGUUUUGGAGUGGAACGACUCGUAAAAAAUGGCACGUAUAACUCCUGCUAUCCUCUGCAUGAUGAAUUGAGCUUCAGCAAGGAGGAGAAGUACGAUCCGGAGACUUGCAGCGAUCGCCAAUUGCUCUACGAAAAUUGGGUCCGAGCCCGAAAUGUCUGGAAAUAUCAGCCGCUGCAUUUGAUCAAGUAGGACUAAAUUUAUUUUGAAACUGUUUUUAUUUAUUUUCAUGUCAUUCCGGAUGAUUUAGGAACUAUUUCGGCACUAAAAUCGGCUUCUACUUUGCCUGGCUGGGAUAUUACACUAGGUUUUUGUAUAUCAUCUCGAUUAUUGGAGUGUUCUGCGUGGUUUAUGGAAUCGCGACGAUGGGAUCGGACCUACCGAGGUGAGAGCGGAAAUAUUUUAUGAUUUUUUGGGGGUGGUUUUGGGUCCCACCACGAAAAUUGGCAUUGUGUUUGGAAUGGCGGGAAAUUUGAAAAUGCAGAUUUAAGUGAUGUAAAAUACGGAAGGGAAACAUGUGAAGGCUUUUAUGAGUUUUAGGGAUUCAGUUUGACGAAAUUUUGAGAUUUUUUGAAAACAUUUUUGGGUCCCAACACGAAAGUUUGGCAUUCUGAGAUAAGGUCUCAAAAUUGAUUUUUAUAAGUUGAAAACGUCGUAAAGUUGAGUAAAAUACAUAAUUUUAACACCGUUUCUUUGUUUUAUUCACAAUUUUGGGUCCCAUCACGAAAAUUUGGCAUUCCGCAAUAAGGUCUCAAAUUGGUUUUUUAAGUUGAAAAAUGUCGUAAAGUUGAGUAAAAUACGGAUUCUAACACUUUUUUUGUUUUUUUUAUUCACAAUUUUGGGUCUUACCACGAAAAUUUGGCAUUCCGCAACAACCCUGAAAAAUGCUAUAAGUCGCUUUUUCAGCCAACAAAUCUGCAAUGCCAACUCGAGCAACGUCCUGAUGUGCCCGAUUUGCACCAACUAUUGCGACUACACCCCGUUGAGUGCCAGCUGCACGUACUCCAAAAUCACUUACGUUUUCGACAAUAGCGCCACGAUUUUGUUCGCCGCGGUCAUGUCCAUAUGGGCCACACUAUUCCUGGAGGGAUGGAAACGGUAUCACGCCGAGCUGGCCUACAAAUGGAACGUCUUCGACUUUGAAGCGGAGGAAGAAGUUCUCCGGCCCGAGUUUCAGUACAGAAAAAGCCAGCAAAGAGUGAAUCCGGUGACCCAAGAGAAGGAACCGUACAUCCCGAUCUUCGAACGGGUCCUCAGGUUCAGUUUCUCCGGCAUUACCGUCCUGUUUUUUGUAAGUUUUGAUUUGGAUUUGAAUUUCGCGGGCUUCCGUGAGAAAUUUUUGGCAUUGUGUUGCAAGGUUGAAAAAUGGUAAUAGCGUCUUAUAAGAUGGUUGAAAUGUAUUUUGACUGGAUUUACGAGAUCUUUGGCGGAUUUAUACUGCUUUUGAAAUCUGAAUUUACAACUUGGCGGGUUUUUGGAAAUUUUUUGGCAUUGUGUUGCAAGUCUUCAAAUAUGUCGAUAUGCUUUUUAUGGGAUGAUCGAAAUGUAGUUAGAGUGGCUUACGAGAUUUUUGGCUGAUUUGAACUGCUUUCAAAAUUUAAAUCUUGAAUUUGGCGGGCUUUUUCGAAGGUGAUUGGCAUUGUGUUUCAAUGGUUGAAUGAUGUCGAAAAAUGCGUAAUAAGCAGAUUGAAGUGGCUUUGGCAGCUUCUGCAACGUGUGGAAUCGUAUUUUAAAUACGUUCGCAUCUUUUUUGAGUCAAAUUUGUGCAACUUAUGAUCCUGAAAUUACAUUGGGUAUUGAAAAAUUAUUUUUGGUAUACUUAAAAAUUUCUCUUUCAGUUAUGCCUCGUAAUCGCACUGGUUAUUGGAAUUAUUGCCUACAGGAUCAUCGUUUUGAAGGUGUUCUUCCAAUGGGAUGAUAACGACGCGUUCAAGUCGCGCGCCUUUAUUUUAACGUCCGUUACAGCGGCCUGCAUCAACUUGGUGUUCAUUUUGAUCAUGAAUUACGUGAGUUACACAUUUUGACUUGCUUUUCGGACGUUUUUGAUGAGUUUUGGAGUGUAAGCUGGGCGCAGGCUGCCGAAAUUAAAAUUUUCUGAAAAGACAUGAUAAUGGAGCGGAUUUUAAAAUUUUUUGAUUGAAAAAGAUUUAUUUAGUGGUUGGAAGCUCUAAAUUUUCUGGGUUGAGAUUUUUGUAACUAAGGGCGCAGCCUGCGCACCAAAAAAUUUCGAUUUUUGAGAUUUUUCUUCCCGUUUUUUUAUGAUUUGAAAGCUCAUGGCGUAUUUUGCAGGUAUACAGCUCGUUAGCGUUGAAGCUGACCGAAUGGGAAUGCCCAAGAACCCAGACGGAGUUCGACAACAGCUACACGUUGAAGGUUUUCCUCUUCCAGUUCAUCAACUUCUACUCUUCAUUGUUUUACAUCGCGUUCAUAAAGGGAAAGUAAGUAUUGUUUUUGGGACUUUUGGAAGGUUUUGGAAGAGGUUUGGAGAUUUUUAUGGGUUUUGAGGAUUUUUUUUUGAAUUUUUGGUCCCACCACGAAUGUUUGGCAUUUUGUUUUUGGGGCUGGGAAUUGAUGUUUUGAGUCGUUUGAAGUGCUUGCUAAAAUCCUAUGAUAGUUGUUGUGUCUUUUUUUGAAAUUUUUGGACCUUUUGAAAUGAUUUUUUGGUCCCACCACGAAUGUUUGGCAUUGUGUUUCAGAGGCUGAAAAAUUGAUGUUUGGAGUCUUUUGAAGUGUUUGAUGAAAGCCUGUAAUAUUUUCGGGGUCUUUUUUGCCAUUUUUGUACUUUUUGAAAUGUUGUUUUCGGUCUCACCACGAAUGUUUGGCAUUAUGUCUUUUGUGGAUAAAAUGGCUCAAGCGUCCAUCAUAAGACAUUUUUAAGAUAUUUGUGGAAGGUUGACGACAUUUUCGGUAUUUAAAAAAUAAAAAUUUAGGUCUCACCACGAAAACUUGGCAUUAUGCCACUUGUCAUUUUUUGGCAUAAGAGUUGUCGUACAUGAAUUUUAUCGCCAUGUGAGGUGGAUAAAUCUGAUUUUUUCAGAUUUUCCGGCCCUCCAGAACCGAAUAAUCCCGCCGCGUUGGCCCGGGUGAAUGGAGUCACGAUGGUGGCCGAAGGAACGUUCACAAUUUUCGGCAACCGCCUCGAAGAAUGCGACCCAGCCGGAUGUAUGGUCGAACUGGUGAUCCAAUUGUUCAUCAUCAUGUGCGGAAAACAGUUCUUUUCAGCUUUCAUGGAGAUUGGAUAUCCGUGAGUUUUUUUAUAUUGUAGUAGACAAAAUUUAUCAUCUUGGGCUUAGAUAUCGCGUACUUCGGAUGUUUUGUAGUGUUUUGGGGAGCAGUAGAGGUAUAGCGAGGCAUUUAGGGUAGUUUUUGCUUAUUUUUGAGGUUGAAACAGAAUGCCAAAGAUUUUGCCAAAAGCCCGCGAAAAUCGGGAUUUGAAUUUUUUAACUGAUUUUGAAGGCCUGCUCUUGUUCUAAGGGCAAUGUGGAUCUAAAAAUUGAAUUUUUGACUAUUUUCUAGCUGCUUUUGACGGUUGAAACAGAAUGCCAAAAAAAUUACCAAACCCCGGGAAAUUUGAAAAUUCAAAUUUUAAAAGUGUUUUCAUGAAAUUUCAGAACAAUUAUGAACAUUCUGCGUCGAUGGCGUCUGAAACUCCCGAUGGAGAGCGAAAAACAGAAGGAAGAAAUUAUGCGUCAGCGAAGCCAAACCGCCAUCCAAAAAGAGCCGCACGGAGUGACGCUGGUGGAGCGCGACUACUGCUUGAAUCCGGUCAGCGAACAAUUCCUUUUCGAUGAGUAUUUGGAAAUGGGUGAGAUUUUUUGGUGGUUUGAAGGAUUUUAAUUGUGGAGGUGGGUCCCACCGCGAAAACUUGAAGUUUAAAAAUUUGGGUGUUUGACUGAAAAAAUGGGUGAUUUAAUGCCCAGAGUGGACCUGAAAUGCAGUAGAAGGCUUUUUAUAGUAUUUUUUUAAUUUUUUGGGUCCCACCACGAAAACUUGAAAGUAAAAAAGUCUUGCUUUUUCGUCUAAAAAUUAGAUUUUAUUGUUUUUCCGGUGCCUGAGGGGAUUUGACGCAGCGUAAAGUUUUUUAGGGGUGAAUCUUUGAAAUUUUGGGUCCCACCACGAAAACCUGAAAAUAAAAAAAAUUUUGCUUUUUUCACCUAAAAAUAGGAUUUUAAUGUUUUUUCUGUGCCUUAGGGGAUCUGAGACGCUGUAAAAAGUUUUUUGAAGUGGUUUUAUUUUCAAAUUUUGGGUCCCACCACGAAAGCUUGAAAUUUUGAAAUAAUUCAUUUUUAUGGUUCGGAAAGGGAAAAAGAUGAGAAAAUAACUGUCUUUCAAUAAAAAUUCGUAAUUUUCAGUGAUCCAAUUCGGUUUCUGCACCCUUUUCGUGUGCGCCUUCCCUCUGGCACCCCUGUUCGCCUUGCUGAACAACAUCUUGGAGAUCCGCCUGGACGCCUUCAAAUUCAUUGUCACCCAACGCAAGCCCAUCCCCAGCCCGGCGCGCAACAUUGGGAUCUGGAUGACGAUCCUCGACCUCCUGUCGAAACUUAGCGUUCUCUGCAACGCGUUCGUGAUUGCGUUCACCAGCGACUUUGUCCCCCGCCUCUUCCACUACCUGACCCACGAAGGCAGCAUGGACACCUACUUGGAGGAGUCGUUGUCCAUCUUCAAUGCGGCCGAAAUUGUGGUGAUUGGCAGUGGGUAUUCGAAUGUGACCCAGUGCCGCUACAGAGACUACCGAAGACCCCCGUGUUCGUUGGGAUUGACUGAUGAACUGCAAAUUUGUGACAACCUGUAUUCACACACAAACAAAUGGUGGAUGCUGCUGGCUUUCCGACUUAUUUUUGUAUUGGUAUUUGAGGUAGGCGGGGAAGCUUGGGAUUUGAACGAAAUGUCACAGAAAUUAUUGGACUUUAGAUUUUGAUUAUUUUGAGCAAUGAGUGAUUUUAAAAUACGGUGUUUAUAAAAGUGCGUUGAGAAAAUGAAAAUUUGGGGUUUUGGGAAAUUUGGACGAAAUGUCAAAAAAAUAUUUGAUUUUUGGUUUUGAUUAUUUUGAGCAGGUAAUGAUUUUAAAAUACGGUUUUUGUAAAUUUUCGUUUAGAAAAUUAAUUUUUUGCAAAAUUGUACGAAAUGUCUCAAAGAUUAUUGGAUUUUUGAUUUUGAUUUUUUUAAGUGUAAAGCAGUAUAAACGAGUAAAAACAUUGGGGCUAAGGUAGUACAGCCCCCCAGUCCAGUUUAGCCCCCCAUAACCCAGUACAACCCCCCUCGUCCAUUCUGAACCCCAAAAUUUAUUUCAAAGAAUUAAUCCAAGUUGUAUGGUCCAGCACAAGUCCCCUACGUUUUAGAUCAAGCCGCUUACGUUUUAGAUCAAGCCCCCUCCGUUUUAGAUCAAGCCCCCUACGUUUCAUGUCAAGCCCCCUACGUUUUAGAUCAAACCCCCAACGUAGUAGAUCAAACCCCCACUUACAUUUUUGUAUUAUUCUAAUUUGUUCAUUAUGUGGGGUGUGAAACGGGCAAAACAGUGGGGGUUUGAACUACCUUUCGUGGGGGGCUGAACUACCGAAGCCCCAAAACAUUUUUCUCGGAAGUGUAAAAACACGAUUUUUAUCAAGACUUAUUGAUUUUACAUCGCAAAAUGUCAAUAUCGGUUUUUGACAUUUCGUUACAUUUUUUAGUUUUUCAUUGUGGGUCCGAAAAUUUUGGAUGAUUUUGAAUGUAAUGUACGAAUCAUAAAUGUAAAAUACAUGUGGAUCGAUUUCAGCACGUUGUCCUCUCCAUAAAAGCCAUCUUCGCCUACAUCAUCCCGGAUGUUCCCACCAAAAUCAUGAUCCAACUGCAAAGAGAGCGAUACUUGGCACGUCAAGCCGUCCUACAGCGCACCGACACGUUCUCAAAUGGACCUUCAACCGGCAGAAGUGAGCCUCCGUCGGAUGCGGCGCCAACCACGGACCCGGAAGCGGUCGCUUAUCAAGGAGAAGAUGCCUUCGAGACGGAGCUGGAGGACCCCGACUUUGAGAGCUGCAAAGAACCCUCGGAAGCGUUGAAGUAAGUCGGUAGGAGGCUUUGAGAGAGAAUAGAAGGAUUUUGGAAGCAAUUUGAGGCAUUUGAAGGUUUUCGUGGUGGGACCCGGAAUGAAGAUUAAUGAUUGUGUUUGUGGUAUACUGAGGGUUUGAAAUUGUUGUAGAUUUUGUAUGGGACCUUAUAAUUGAUGAAAAUUUUGUUUUGCAUCGAUUUUUCGACUUUUCGGCGGAGUUUUUGGGUCCCACCGCGAAAACAUGAAUAUCGUUGGAAAGGGAAAAAUUGAAUUCGGAGAGGUUGAAAAUGUCCUUUGGAGUGAUUUUUUCAUGUCGUAUCUUUUAAAAAUAGCUUAAAAAUUUCGAAAUUGGUCCCACCACGAAAACUUGAAAAUCAAGAAAAACGGGAAUUUUGCUCAAAAAUUAGUUGAAAAUGAAGAAUCAAUGCCUAAUUAAUAAUAAAAUUUUCAGAAGAAUGUAUUCCGACCGUAAAAAACCAUCACUUUCAUCGGCCGCGUCAUCAAUCGUCCUCUCGAAUCGGCUCCCAAUCCACGGCAGCAAAAACACCCUCCCUGCCACCUCACAUUCGGCCAACGAACUCUCAGACACCUCCAACUCCCUUCAGGUCCCAAUUCACACCAAAUCGCUGGGUUCGGAGCCGCCAACCAGCUCCAGUUCGGACUCGUUUCACACCGCGCCAAGUAUAAGAUUGCAGCCACCGGAGGAUGCGAAAUUUCAAAAGAACCCGGAAAUGGACUCAAUGGCGUAG